GGGACUGCUCUCGAGCCUCCCGGCAGCCUCUGCGCCGGGCGUGGUGCGUAAGGAGCUGACCGGCGGUGGCCGUUCUCCGUAAGAUGGCGGACCGGCGUCGGCAGCGCGCUUCCCAGGACACUGAAGACGAGGAAUCUGGUGCUUCGGGUUCCGACAGCGGCUCCCCGGCGCGGGGCGGCGGCAGCUGCAGCGGGAGCGCCGGAGGCGGCGGCAGUGGCUCGCUGCCCUCUCAGCGCGGCGGCCGCGGCGGGGGCCUCCAUCUGCGGCGGGUGGAGAGCGGGGGCGCCAAGAGCGCAGAGGAGUCGGAGUGUGAGAGUGAAGAUGGCAUGGAAGGAGAUGCUGUUCUUUCCGAUUACGAAAGUGCAGAAGAUUCAGAAGGUGAAGAAGAAUACAGUGAAGAAGAAAACUCUAAGGUGGAGCUGAAGUCAGAAGCUAAUGAUGCUGCUGAUUCCUCAGCAAAGGAGAAGGGAGAAGAAAAGCCCGAGAGUAAAGGCACUGUGACUGGAGAGCGGCAAAGUGGGGAUGGACAGGAGAGCACAGAGCCUGUGGAGAACAAAGUGGGGAAAAAAGGCCCUAAGCAUUUGGAUGAUGAUGAAGAUCGGAAAAAUCCAGCCUAUAUACCCAGGAAAGGGCUCUUCUUUGAGCAUGAUCUUCGAGGACAGACUCAGGAAGAGGAAGUCCGACCCAAGGGACGGCAGCGGAAGUUAUGGAAGGAUGAGGGUCGCUGGGAGCACGAUAAGUUUCGGGAAGAUGAACAGGCCCCCAAGUCCCGACAGGAGCUCAUUGCUCUGUAUGGCUAUGACAUUCGAUCUGCUCACAAUCCAGAUGACAUCAAACCCAGAAGAAUCCGGAAACCUCGAUUUGGAAGUCCCCCACACAGAGAUCCAAACUGGAUUGGUGAUCGGUCAAACAAGUCCCAUCGCCUCCAGGGCCCUGGGGGCACACUCCCACCAAAGACAUUUAUUAACAGGAGCGCAGCAGGCACUGGCCGCAUGUCUGCAUCCAGGGGUUACGCUCGCUCUGGGGGCUUCAAGGAAGGUCGCACUGGCUUUAGGCCUGUGGAGGUUGCUGGGCAGCAUGGUGGCCGGUCAGGUGAGACUCUUAAGCAUGAAGCUAAUUACCGGUCACGGCGUCUGGAGCAGACUCCUGUGAGGGAUCCAUCCCCAGAACCAGAUGCUCCGUUACUUGUCAGUCCUGAGAAAGAAGAGGUGGCCUCAGAGACACCAGCUGCUGCUCCUGAUACCACACCACCAGCUCCUGACAGGCCCAUUGAAAAGAAAUCCUACUCCCGGGCAAGAAGGACCCGGGCCAAAGUUGGGGAUGCAGUCAAAGCUGCUGAGGAGGUUCCCCCUCCUUCUGAAGGACUCACUGCAGCAGCCACAGUCCCAGAAACUCCUCCUGCAGCUGCUAAAACUGGGAGCUGGGAAACUCCAGUAGAUUCCACCACAGCUGGACUUGAGCAAGAUGUGGCACAGCUAAAUAUAGCAGAACAAAAUUGGAGUCCAGGACAGCCUUCAUUCCUGCAACCACGGGAGCUUCGAGGUAUGCCCAACCACAUCCAUAUGGGAGCAGGACCUCAGUUUAACCGGAUGGAAGAAAUGGGUGGCCAGGGUGGUCGAGCUAAACGUUAUUCAUCCCAGCGGCAGAGACCUGUGCCAGAGCCCCCUGCUCCUCCCGUGCAUAUCAGUAUCAUGGAGGGACAUUACUAUGAUCCAUUGCAAUUCCAGGGCCCAAUCUAUACCCAUGGUGACAGCCCUGCCCCACUGCCCCCGCAGGGCAUGAUUGUACAGCCAGAAAUGCACCUUCCUCACCCAGGUUUACAUCCCCAUCAGUCACCAGGACCUCUGCCCAAUCCGGGUCUCUACCCUCCUCCAGUGUCCAUGUCUCCAGGACAGCCACCACCCCAGCAGUUGCUUGCUCCUACUUACUUCUCUGCCCCGGGUGUCAUGAAUUUUGGUAACCCCAGUUACCCUUAUGCUCCGGGAGCAUUGCCUCCUCCUCCGCCUCCUCAUCUGUAUCCUAACACGCAGGCUCCGUCACAGGUGUAUGGAGGAGUCACUUACUAUAACCCUGCCCAGCAGCAGGUGCAGCCAAAGCCCUCCCCGCCCCGGAGGACUCCGCAGCCCGUCUCCAUCAAGCCCCCUCCACCUGAGGUUGUAAGCAGGGGUUCCAGCUAAAAUGAGUUUUCAAAUAUUUUAAGUUUAACAUCAUGUGAAAUAUAUCAGGAGAGGUGGAAACUCAGGAGAGAAGAGAAACACAACUGGCUGUCUUCUCAGAGGGCUUCAAAAAUGUGGGGUGGCCCUGCCAGUGGACAGCUGGGGGACGAGAGGCCCUCUUUCUCUGAGGACAGGUCUGCUAGAGAGAGAAGAAAGAGGUGGCUACCUUCCACCUCCACUCUUCACUUGAGCUGCCUGGACUCAGGGAGCAGAGACUGGACAACCCAGGUUUCUGAAUCUAGAUUCAGAAGCUUGCAUCUCACUGUUCUUUACUUUCUCUCUGAAAACUCAAGUGUCCUCUGCUCCCAGAGAAGUUCCUUCCUGCUUGUUUGUUUGAAUGUUCAUUUUUAAAGCCUGACUUACCCUUUUUAAAUUAAUAUUCUUAGUUUUUUCUCCUUUUCCCUGCUCUGCCCCUGACUUUACAUGGAACAGGUUUGUCUAGUUUACUACCCUUUCAGGGUUCCCUUUUGACCCCUCCCUUAAUCCCACAUAAUUGAGAAUGUAUCAACCAAGUGUAAAAAUAGCUGGCCUUUUCCUUGUGGUUGGUCUUUAUUAGUCUCUUAACUCCUCAGAACUCUGUGGAAGCUAUCUGCACGCAGUAUCCCACUGUAAAGAGAGCUCAGAGUUGGUGAGUAGGGAACACUUGUUUGGGGUGUAGGUUUGAGCCUCCAUCAGGACCUCUAGUCUUAUGGCUUCAGUCCUCCACUGAGGCAGAAUAUCUGCUGUGGGAAGAGAAAACAAACUUGUGAGAAGGGAGGGUGGAACAAGAUCCCCUGCACGGUUAGGGAAUGCAUGGCUGAGUCCUCAGGGCUGUCUUUGAGGUAAGUGGAAUUAGUGGGUCCUGCUGCUUCCCUUCAUACGCCUCCUACUACAUCCAUCCCUUCCCAGUUGCUGUGGACCAAUGCACCUCUAGAGACAAAUACUACCCAGCGUCUGUCUGCCUUGUCUUUUGCAGUUCUCCAUGCCUUCCCUGCUACAAGUGUUUUUUAGAUGUUACUGCCUUGCUGUCCCCAAAUUCUGCUCCUGUACCUGCAAACAGAAGGUACCUGGACUUAAAUCCUAGGGGAGCAAGUCACCUUCUAGGCAAAGGCUCUCCUUUCUGUCCUUCCUCUCCAUGGCACCGUACCACAUCCUGGUGCCUCUAUGGAAGUCUUACUGCAGCACUCUGUAUGCCUGCCAGGGUUCCUACAGAACCUGAGGGAAAGGCGGUGGCUGUCUCUCCCUGGUAAUGUCACUGUUUCUAUUCUUCCCUCCUACAGCUGGCCUAACCACUCUGAGUUGGGGGUGGGGGUAAAACCCCAAGGAGGAAAUAAUUAAGAGGUUCUUCCAGGGGUAGCUGGUGGUUGUGCCUUUUAUAGGCUUCCCUUUGCCUUAAACCUGAAGAUGUCUUUUCAAGCCUGUGGGCAGCAUGCCCAGAUUCCCAGACCUUAAGACACUGUGACAGUUGUCUGUUGGUCCACUGUGUUUAGUUGCAAAGAUUUCACCAUGUGUGUGUUUUUUGUUAUUGUUCUAACGGGUGCACAUUUGUGAUCAGCAUUGUGACUUGGAGAUAAUAAAAUUUAGACUAUAGACUUGA